CAAACAGCGAUUGCUCAUUAAUAUUAGAGUCAUUAAUUGUCGGAAAGAGUACAGAAGCUGACAGUAUGGUGGAGUGGUCAGAUGCGGAGCGCAGCGCCAUUGCGGCAGUUUGGGGUAAACUGAAUCUUGAUGAAGUCGGACCCCAGGCUUUGGGAAGAGUUCUGAUUGUCUACCCGUGGACUCAGCGGUAUUUCGGAACCUUUGGAGAUCUGUCCAACGCUGCUGCCAUCCUAGGGAAUCCUAAGGUGGCCAACCAUGGUAAAGUGGUGUUGGGUGCUCUGGACAAGGCUGUGAAGAACCUGGACAACAUCAAGGGGACGUACGCCAACCUUAGCCAGCUGCACUGUGAAAAACUCAACGUGGACCCUGAUAAUUUCAGGCUGCUGGCCGAUUGCCUCACCAUCGUGAUCGCCACCAAAUUCGGAGCCGCCUUCCCUCCCCAGGUCCAGGCUACGUGGCAGAAGCUGAUGGCAGUCGUGGUUGCCGCUCUUACCAGCCGAUACUUUUAAAGUUCUCGCAAAGGUGCAUUUGAUGGUGACAUAUUGAAAUCAACAAUUCAAUAAAGUUUGAUUAACCCUCCUCUAAAA